AUGGCAGCGCCGCCUACGGUCCCUUCAUUUCACGCUCCUCACCCUUCGCAGUCCUCCAUCCGUCACUCCUCUCAACCCAGUCUUCAAUCCACAUCUCAACCGUCGCUCACAUCGCCCGAUGCGACAUCCCUCCCGUCACGGCCCCUCUCAUCCUCCACUUUCCAACCGCAACAACACAGUCUUCGCACUCCAACACAUCGCCGCACUAUCUACGACCGUAACCUCAACCGUUCCUCGCGUGCCGAACUAUCUCGCUCUACCUUCGCCUUCCUCAUCGGUGAAUCAAUAGCAUACCACCACCGCCGCAUAAAAAGCAUUGCCGACUUUGAAGCCCGCCUGAACAGCCAGGGCUACCUCUUGGGUAGCAAGUGUCUGGACCUCCUACUCUACCGGCAAACACCGGCGGGUUCGUCCGCCUCCGGCAGCAGCAGUAGCGGCUCUUCCAGCUCCAGCAAGGAAAGCGCGCUCGCCGUGCGCCCGUUACGGCUCAUCGGCUUGCUGACGCUGCUGACCACGAAACUGUACCCGCUACUGUUCUCGCGGCCGGCCGACUCUCUGGAGCAGAGCACCACCAAUAAGAAUGAAUACAUGGUCAUAGACAACACGCCAUUGACAAAUGCCUAUAUCACCGUGCCAAAGGAGAUGAGCCAGCUGAGCGUCGCAGCAUACAUUGCGGGCAUAUUGGAGGGGGUAUGUGAUGCAAGUGGCUUUGCUGCUAAGGUGAGUGCCCAUAAUGCCGGGACGGACGUGUGGCCCGCUCGGACUGUCUUCUUGGUCAGGUUUGACGAGGGUGUCGUGGGGCGGGAUCAAGAGCUGGAACGAGGGGGUAUCAAGUGA